GAGGAGUACGAGCCUCUCGAACUAUCUGGUGUCGAGGAGCGUGCUGACAGACAAAGAAGAGUGACCUGCGACCUUCUCUCUUUCAAAGGGGUCGUUGGGGAUAGUGCUUGCGCUGCUAACUGCCUCAGCAUGGGCAAAGCUGGAGGUCGCUGCAACAACGGAAUCUGCGUUUGUCGCAAAACCAAUAAAAUCUUCAAAAUAGAAAAGAUACAAGCAUCUAGAUGGUUCAUUCUACCAUAUCUUUCAAAGAAGCAGGUGGAUGAAUUUUCUGAAUGUACAAAUAAAUUUUCAAAAUAUACAAUG